AUGACAGACGCAGAAGAGAUGAAGAUCGACCCAUCGAGAGCCGCGGCGCUGGUCUCGCAGAUCAAGGGCGUGAGCGAGCGCAUCGCCGCCGUGGCGAACGGACGGAACGUCCGUCUGAUAGCCGUGUCCAAGCUGAAGCCGGCAAACGACAUCCUGGCCCUGCAGCAGCAGGCGUCGCCGCCACAGCUGCACUUCGGCGAGAAUUACGCGCAGGAGCUGAGCCAGAAGGCCGAGCUGCUGCCCCGCAGCAUACACUGGCAUUUUAUCGGCGGCCUGCAGUCUGGCCACUGCAAGAACCUAGCCAAGAUCCCAAACCUCUGGUGCGUCUCCAGUGUCGACACAGCCAAGAAGGCCCAACUCCUAAACAAGCACCGGGGCGAACUCAUCGCCUCCUCAUCCUCCACCUCUUCCACAGACAACCCCAACCCCAUCCCCAAGCUCAACAUCCACAUCCAAGUCAACACCUCCGGCGAGUCCUCCAAGUCAGGCUGCGAGCCGGGCCCCGAGACCGUGGCGCUCUGCCGCGCCGUCGAGCAGGACGCGCCGCACCUGCACCUGCUGGGCCUGAUGACCAUCGGCGCCAUCGCGCGCAGCGUGGCCACCACCCCCUCAAACGAAAAUGACAACGAGGACUUUGUGCGUCUGCGCGAGCAGCAGGACCUCGUCACCAAAGAGCUGGGGCUCGACAGGGAGCUGGAGUUGAGUAUGGGCAUGAGCGAGGAUUUCGAGGGCGCGAUCGCGCUGGGGAGCCAUGAGGUCCGGGUUGGGAGUACGAUCUUUGGGUCUAGGCCCGCGAAGAGCGAGGCCAAGAUUAAGGAGUGA